AUGGCAUCUAACCAUCCGAAGGAAUCGACGCUGUCGAGGGAUAAUGACAUACAGGUCAUCAACAGAGACGACACUUUCCAUGGCGCUGGAGGUGAAGAGUAUCCACACCACGCAAACUUGGUUUCUCCAAGUUUCCCUCCACUAGACAUUCCAAGUCCGGGGAACCCAUCUCAUCUCUUCGAUGAGUUUGAGCACAAUGUCCAAAACGAAGGUGUGUCGCAGCGAAAUGAGCAACAUCAACAGCACAACGAGUUUGAAGGGAAACCUAGUGAGCUGCUCACGCCGUCCUUGUCGCCAUUGACGGAGUUUGUGAACACACAUGGAGAGCAUAUCAUCAAUGAGCAUGGCAACGGCGACCAGGACAGGAGCAACCACGCUGGUGUGUUGACGAGGUUCAACAAUGCCAAUUACAUGCCACCGAUGGCUCCUCUUUCGGAGUCAGUGUUGCCUUCUGUGACGCAGAACCAGGCGCUUCUACCAAACACUUUUGCUAACUCCAACAAUCAAUUGAUGUUGAGCUCAGGAAAAAGGAAGAAGGACUCGCAAGGACCAAAGACAAAACCAGCAUUCGUGAUGAAAGUAUGGUCAAUGGUGAACGACCCAAAGAAUCAGGAGUACAUCAGAUGGAACGAGGACGGCUUGACAUUCCAGGUGUUCCAUAGGGAAGAGUUUAUGAAAAGUAUUCUUCCAAAGUACUUCAAGCAUAACAACUUUGCAUCUUUCGUACGUCAGUUGAACAUGUAUGGCUGGCAUAAGGUUCAGGAUAUCACGAGUGGUUCAAUGGCCAAAGAUUCGAAGAACGCAGAAGAAGUAUGGCAAUUCAAAAAUCCUUACUUCGUCAGAGGGAGAGAAGAUUUGCUCGAUAACAUCGUGAGAAACAAGUCAGGUACUCAAGAAGACUCUGUGGAGCCAAAUGUCAACUUUCAAAUUCUAGUGACUGAACUUGAUAAGAUCAAAAUGAAUCAAUUGGCCAUUAUCGAGGAUAUGAGACGCAUCAGAAAGGACAAUCAAACACUCUGGAGCGAGAGCUAUACGACAAGAGAAAGAUACUCGAAACAGGCACAGACUCUCGAUAAGAUAAUGAAGUUCCUUGCUGCAGUUUAUGGUAACUCCGCUGGCAAGAUUUUUGAGGUUGAAGAUGGCUCCUAUAAUUCGAACUAUGGUCCACCUGCAUUAUAUCAGGGUACCCAACCCACAAGGCCUCCUUACCCUGCUGCUGCACCAAUAUCCAAGUCAAGAUUAAUGUUGAUGGACCAGGAGCAUCUGACUUCUCCGUCCUCUGAUACCACGACAUCUAAAUCUGCCAGACGGGAAUCUGUACCUGCCAGCAAAGACGGAUCCAUCGAAGAAAUCGUGAGAAAUGACCAUAUCACUCCUCACGAUCCUUCUGCAAAUGUAAGCAGAAUCUACCAACAAAUCAUGAAUCAAGAGCCAGGCGCUCAUUCCCCAAGACAAUACUUUCCUGAGCUCAACAGUCCCAUAAUGCCAGGUACCCCAUCUCAGCAAUUUGCCAAACUAGGCUCCUCUGCUGAACCCAACAGUGAUGUUUUGCAAGGCUUAGAGCAGAACAUUGCCAAACAAGGUCAAGCCUUGCUGCAAGUUCAGGACUGGAUCCAAACUCUAGCCAACAGACAACAGCAACAACAACACCAAUUACAACAGCAAAAGAGCAGCAAUUCGUCGCCAUCAAACACAGAGCUUGAUGAUUUCGAUGUGAAUGAAUUCUUAAACAAUAGCUCUUCCAACCCCAUACCUAAUACAGACGAGGACUUCGAGAGCGAUAAAUUCAACACAAGCGAAGAAAAGACUGACGAUAAUAAGAGAAAACGUCAUAUUGAGGAGAUUACCGAGGAACCUCGACCUAGGCGAGGACGGUCGAGAAAAAGCGCUAGGCGUUAA